GAUGCGACGCAUGUCCACAGCCCCACAGGCGGCCAAGGGAUGAAUAGUGGCCUAAUCGACGCGCCCUGCUUUCUCGACGCUCUCAGCCUCGCCAGCAAAGGCGUGGCAUGUCCCAGCCUCCUAGAAUCCUACACGGCAGAGCGUGUCCCGGUUAUCAGGGGUACGCUCGGGUUGACCACAGACACGCUCGGCGAGACGCUUGCAAAAACAGAGGAAGGGUGGAACCGCGGGAGCAAGUACUUCCAACUUGAUGUGAACUAUCGCGGGAGCCCGGUAGUGCUCGAAGAGCGUGGCGAAGAUGUGCCAGCGCCCGCGCCGGGCGUCUACACUUAUAGGACACUGGGAAGAGAUCAGGCUGGAGAUAGGGCGCCCGACGCGCCCCCGUUGCCCGACGUGAACGGCAGUGCCGGGCUUCUGACGAAUCUCUUCAGCUUCUUUAAGAUCGCGAAGCACACCGUUCUUAUUUUCACUGCCUCCGUCUCGUCCGCUGACGCGGUGGUCGACGCGCUGCGCGAGUAUCCCACGGAUCUGGUGCAAUCCGUCGCCAUCCUCCCUGCGACAUUCUCCGUGUGCGCAGAUAAGGCGCUCCCGAAGGCGGACUUCCUGGUCAAGGAUACUGACAGGCACGCGUACGAGGGGUAUUUGGUGAAUCCGGUGAAGGCAGAGACGACGAUAAUUAUCGUCCACCCUGACACCUUUGUCGGUUCCGCCGGAAGUGGGGUGGGCAAUGUGAAGGGGUAUUUCAGUCGGAUAUUUGCUUAG